UUUGAGACACCACCGUCUUUAUUUGAUAUCAACGUUUACUCUCUCUCUCUCUCUCUCUCUCUCUCUCUCUCUGUGUUUGUGAAAGUGUUUGCGUAAGCAAUGGAGCAAAAAUCUAGCUGACGCUCUAAUUUCUCGAGAAAAUUGAGAAGUCUCUUUAUAAAAGACAAGAAAAGCUUGCAUAUGAAUCUUAAUGAAAAUUGAAUGUUUUUGGAUAUUUAGUGCCAAGUGCUGCGGGGAUCUUGUUGCAAAUUCACCGUAUUAGACAAGUUUUUUGUUCAUAAGGAGAAUUUGGGAAAAAGUGCAAAAAGUCGGAAAUUUCAUUACCACGGAUCUAUGCAUUCUUGCCUUAGAAGUCCAUUGGCUGACUUAGAUGGAUGAUCUUUCUCUUGAAACAAAUAGCAACGCUCGAACUGACCAAUACCCUUUGCUUAUGGAGCGGAUAGAAAGCGAUAACAAUCAUGAGCACAUACUUGAUAUAUCUAGAAAUGAUGAUGCUUCAUCAAGUUCUUCUCGUGAUGAUCAUUCAGUUAGAAUGGAUUCAAAUCAGCAUGAAGAUCAACCAUCAAGUAGCACACAAGCCAGCUCUUAUCAAAAUUUUUUGUCUUCAUCAAAUAGAUUAAACUCUAGGAACUCCUCAUUGAGGAGAAGAGGUGAUGGCUAUGGUCGUCGCCGUAGGAGCCCAUUGAACUCUGGGCUAUGGAUCUCUGUUGAGCUAAUUGUCACUGUGAGUCAAAUUAUAGCAUCUAUUGUUGUUUUGUCAUUGUCAAGAAAUGAGACUCCGCAAACCCCAUUGUUUGCAUGGGUCGUGGGUUAUGCAUCUGGUUGUGUUGCAACACUUCCUAUUCUUUACUGGCGUUAUCGUAACCGCAACCAGGGAACCGAGCAAGAUUCUCCUCAAUCACGUCAAGGCUCUUCUUUAAACAAUCCUCCUGAACCUACAUCUUAUACUGCUAUCUCUGUUGCUCAAUCUUCAGAAGAGGAAAAUCUUCAGACCUCAGAAUCUCUCUCAAGGAACAAUCAAAUUGGAACCUUUAGUACACGACUCAAUGGAUUAGUUGACCAUUUCAAGAUGGCCUUAGAUUGCUUCUUUGCGGUCUGGUUUGUUGUGGGCAAUGUGUGGAUAUUUGGAGGUCACUCUUCACCCUCUGCUGCACCCAAGUUGUAUAGGUUAUGUAUAGUGUUUCUUACCUUCAGCUGUAUUGGAUAUGCCAUGCCUUUCAUACUAUGUGCAACAAUUUGUUGCUGCUUACCUUGCAUAAUUUCUGUUUUGGGCCUUCGUGAGGAUCUUUCUCAGGCUAGAGGAGCGACCACAGAAUCUAUCAAUGCUCUGCCAACCUACAAGUUCAAGUUGAAGAAAAAUGGAAACAUUGAGGAUGAGGAAAUCAAUGGAGUGAGUGAAGGUGGGCUUUUGGCUGCAGGAACAGAAAAGGAACGUUCCAUAUCAGGAGAAGAUGCGGUUUGUUGUAUCUGCCUGGCAAAAUAUGCAGACGAUGAUGAACUGAGGGAGCUGCCCUGCUUUCAUGUCUUUCACGUGGAUUGUGUUGACAAAUGGUUGAAGAUCAAUGCAUUAUGUCCCCUUUGUAAAAGUGAGGUCAGCGAGUGCAACGUCAACUCAUCUUUAGAGAGAGACACCAGCCAGCACUAGAGUGAAGAAGACACUACACAGGUCAGCCAUUGGUGUGACCUAUCCGGUGAGUUCUGUGUUAUGACACCUUGAGUCUCAUACCCUUAUUGUUGUUGCCAACAUGGAGUCACAUCACAUGCAAAACCUCUAGCAAAUUCCAUUUGUUUUGAAGAAUGAUGCAUUUGUGAUUUGAUAGCAGCUGAGACCAAUGUCCCAGCAAAGGUGGUUUGGCCCUAGCAUCAUAUAAGGCAUGUACAUGCUUAUAUUUAUAUUGAGGACUUAAAGAGUGCAAAUUUACCUUAUCCUGCGUUCUAUCAUCUGUGAAAUGUUGCUUUGUAAAAAAUGACAAAACUUUCCUAUUAUCUGCCCCUUCACUGGUACAGCCCUCUUGUACCCCAUUGCUUGAAGGUGUUCAAUGAGUAAUGUAUAUAUAAUAUUUAGUUCUUCGAUGCAA